AGAUUUUUAUUAUCAGACAGCAUCACUGCUGAUCAUCAUCAUCAUCAUCUAUCUAUCCAUCUUCUGCUUCUCCUUCCUCCCUCCCUUCCUGGUUCUUAGCUCCUCAUCACCCAAAAUUAAAACUUUAUCCCUCUGCCAUAGCCCAUAGUCUACCUAUUUAUUCCAUUUUCUCCGACAUCCUACUACUUCCGAGGACUCAGAUGUUUUAUCUGCAAAAAAACCUAACCCUAAUAACCUGUUAAAAAACAAAGCUCUUUUCUUUUUGCAGUUUUAUAUUUCUUUUUGGGGACCCUAGAUGUUAGAGCGAUGGACAUAACCCCUACUAUCGCCACCACCACCAACAACACCAUCAGUGCCAUCAAAUCCCCAGAAGCUGACACUGAGACACCAACCCGGAUCCAACCCUCCAAGCCCUUAUCUUUCUCCAACGGUGUACUCAAGCGCCACAAUCCUCACCACCACCACCACCACCUCGCCCCACAACUUGUUGUCACCUACAAAGAAUGCCUCAAAAACCAUGCAGCGUCCUUGGGUAGCCACGCUUUAGAUGGCUGUGGAGAGUUCAUGCCCUCCCCUUCCGCCACCUCCGUCGACCCAACAUCUCUCAAAUGCGCUGCCUGUGGCUGCCACCGCAAUUUCCACCGCCGCGAGCCCGACGACCCUAUUCUCACCACCCAUGUUAUUGAGUACCAGCCCCACCACCGUCACCACCCUCCACCACCACCACCACUACCAGCCUCAAAUCGAAGCCCCAAUUCGGCUUCCCCACCGCCGAUCUCCUCCUCCUACUACCCCUCCGCGCCGCACAUGCUUUUGGCUCUCUCUGGGGGACUGUCGGCUCCUCCCGAGAGCGCAGCUGGGCCUACUAACACUAUGGUCACGCCCAGCCCCAAUGCAAGAAAGCGGUUCAGGACCAAGUUCAGCCACGAACAGAAGGAAAAGAUGCUUCAGUUUGCCCAGAGAGUCGGCUGGAAGAUGCAAAAGAGUGACGAGGAAUUGGUGCAAGAGUUCUGCAACGAAGUUGGGGUGGAGAAGGGUGUGCUAAAGGUGUGGAUGCACAACAAUAAGAACACCUUCGGGAGGAGAGAUAUGAAUGGUACUGGUGGGAACAGCAACAACAUUCUUGAGCAAACCCACAACAACGGCAACGACGACGAUAACAAAGAAACCAACAAUCUCGGCGAGAACCCAAAUCACUACCGUAGUGACAGCGGGGCUCAUGGUGCUGCAAAUGGGUCUUCUUCAUCUUCUUGAUCGUUGGAUGAUAUAAUAAUGAGGUGUUAGAUAGAGUAAGACUGGAGUAUUAAUUACUUGUAGGUUGUUCUUGCUCAGUGCUUUAUUGGUUUUUUUUUUUUUUUUUAGUUAAUCUUAAUGAGAUGAUGAUCACCUUGUUGAGGGAUAUCUUGGAAGAGCUAGAUUGAUCCAAAAGGGAAUCCGGUUUGGUUUAUUUUA